AUGGUUGAUUGUAUAUACUAUUUACUAUUUCCAGAUAGUCGAAAGAUAUCUUAUUACCAGUUAAUUAUUCAAGAUAUUUUUCGACAAUUAUUACACGUCAACGCUCUUUCAACAUUAUACCAGCAAACGUUAUUUGAAUAUUUAAAACUGUUCAACAAUCGAAAUUUAUCGGAUAAUGAUAAAACAGAUGUUAAUCCAAAUCGAAUUCGCACAGACAGCAAUAAACCGUCUUCAAGUACAACACAAAAUAGCGAGCUAACAGCAACAAUUUCAACAACUAUGCUGAGUCGAUCGUCGUUCCAGUCGAGAUCCGAUGAAGCUUCAUCAAUUCAACAUACACGAGAUAAUGGGGGUAACAACAACACAGUAUCUCUCGUAUGGUUAGUUAAUGAUAUGGAAAUGAGCCAAGUUGGAAAUAGAAUACAAGAUAAAUUUAACGAACGAAGUAUGUUCUUCGAUGAUAAAAACAAUUGUUUCGAAUAUAUUCAAUCUAACACAAACACAGCCAUCUUUCUGAUUACAUGCGGUGAACACGCUAGAGACUUAAUUGUCGGUGUUCAUGAUUUAUCACAAAUACAUUCAUUAUAUAUUUAUUGUGAUAACAAUGCUGUUCAAUCGUUCAAAUUAUGGUCUGAACCUUACUCAAAAGUAGAGGGUGCUUUCAGUGUCGAAGAACGUCUGCUGUACAAAUUGGCACUUGAUUUAGCAUUAUGUUAUACAAAAAAAGCUGCUGAUUAUAAACAAUCAGGUGAUAAUGAUUUAGCUAAUAUAAAUUAUUGUCGGUCACAGAAUAUAUAUGAAAAUAUGCUUAAGCAUUUAAACAGAUAA